AUGGCGAAAAGGGCGAAGGACACCAAUUUGCGCAAUCAAAUUGAGAAGAUUGUCAGAGGGUACAAGCCACAAAUACCCACGGAACUAGCUUUGGAGGCGGCGAAAAGAAUUUGCAAGUCGCCAUUCACAGAAGAUAUCCUGAAAGCCAAGAAGCCAGUUAAGUUCACCCAACCUAAGUUUAAGCUGUUCGAGGGUACGACCGAUCCCAUUGAGCAUAUCUAUCAUUUCCAACAACAAAUGGUGCUCAAAGGAGAUGACGAGGCCCUGUUAUGUAAGUUGUUCCCCUCAAGCUUGUCAGGAUCGGCCCUGAUUUGGUUUAGACAGCUGAAACCAAGGUCUAUUGGUGGUUUCACCCAAAUCUGUGAAAUGUUCAUAUCUCAGUACAUUUGCAAUCAAAAGAGGAGAAAGGAUGUCACGAUCCUCUUCAGCACGAAGCAAAGUACUGGAGAAAGCCUUAAAGACUACUUGAGGCGUUUUACGGAGGAAAUGUCUACUCUUGAGGAAUGUGAUUCUCAUACUGCUUCGUUGGCGUUUCGUACCUGGAACAAAAAUGCAUAG